AUGCUGGAUAGAAAAUACAUUGUUCCUGCGCCAGUGAUCGAGAAUCACAGUUCAUUAAAUGCACUGAUCGACGGAAUGGAGAUCCUCAGUGGACAAGAUCUGUGCAUACACAUGGAUAACAUGUUAUGUGUCUCUGGACAGUACAAUAUCGAUCAGAUGCUCAGAAUCGAUCAUCUCCUUAGUAAAGCCCAUGAAAAACACCAUGAAGAGUGGUUUUACCAGCGUAUGUUUGAACUAAUACUCAAGGCAUAUGACUUUAGCAACAAAUGGAGAAGCAAACUGAUGGCAUUGAGAAUUCAUGAAAAACACAGGUUCAGAAUGCACAGUAAUCGUCAUAAUGAAUUGCCUCCAAACAUCAUGAGAGAAUCGCUCAGUAUAUGCGUGCAGUUUAUGAUUAAUAGGCAACUUGUUUACACCAAAGUGGAUAUUCUUGGAUUUUGUGUGCUUGAAAUGAUGAGUGUCCCACAACAAUCAUAUGAAGGCCCAGAUGAUAUAUUUUAUCUGAUUGAAUAUAUCUUCAGGUGUGAUCCAAGGAUUCUACUCAGGUGGGCAAAUAAUGCAAGGAUGAUGAACGAUUGGGCGUUGCUGUACAUUGAAAACUAUCCAGACUUCCUAUAUACAGAGCUGAGGUACAUAAGCAAUCCAAUGAUUUUGCGUGAGAUAAUAGUUCAACAAAAGUCACACAGAUUAUACGAAUUUCUUUUUGUAAAGAUGGGAAUGAUGUUUCCAAUGUAUGAGCUAUUAGACAUCCUGGUUGAGAGCUAUAGUGAGUCAAAUGCCGAGUACACAUCUCGGAUAUUCAAUAAGGCUUUUUUUGAGAGUAGAAGCGAUGGGGAAAGGUUACUCAAAGGAUUCAUAAAAAAGACAAAGACAACCAUAUUCAGUGAUUUAUUUUACGAACGUUGCAGUGAUGUGGAUGGAGAUUAUGUUGAAGCUCUUGUUGUAUGCAUUCAGAGUGUGGAUUUGAUUAGCAAUGAAUGUGCUCAGAAACUUGUGGACUCACAAUAUUGGCCAUACAUUACUCAUGAGUAUGAAAGCUUUGCUAUUUUAAUGAAGCUACUGAUGAGCAGGCAGAUUUGCCUCAACAAGCAGUACGAAUUCCUAAACAGUAAUGUGCCAGUGUCUCUCGAUAACCUGAAAAAGGUUCUAUUUGUUUCACAACAUGCUCCUGACAAAAGAGCGAAGGUGCUUGAAGUGAUUGUAUCUGUGAUAAAGAGCAUGCAUAGACACAUGAAUAAAUGUGUGCAGUGCAUUGGAAAAAAGAUACAGAAACUUACAUUGCAUUCUACGGAUAACCUUAACUACCACAUGGAUAAAAUUAUUCAAAAACAGAUGCUGGUAAUUAUAUACAGUAUCCUUGAUAUUCUGAGGUACAGUUAUAUUCCAACGAAGACAUUGUAUACACUUUCGUUGAUUGAUGCCGAGAUAUUUGGUAGAAAAGUUGUUCAGGAAGUCAGGUACGACUGUUUUUUCAUCAAAUGCAUGAAUAUUGUGCUGAGAGAUGGUUCUGGGCGAUUUGAUAGUAUUAUGAGUGACAUAAUUCAGAUGGAUUUAUUUAAAAUGACUGGAUACUGGGAGAUAUGUGUUGUAAAGGCACUGAACCUUAGGAGGCUUUGGAAUGCAGCUAAAAAUUUUAAUAGUGGAGCAAAUGCAAUCAAUAAUAAGAAUAGCAGACUGUAUUCACUUAGAAAUAGUCUAAUUCAUUCAGAAUCAAACUUCAACUGUGAAAAUCUUUUAAGUGUUGAUGCUCAUGAACUUGAAUGUAGCAAUCUUCUUGAGUACUUGAAUAUUAUAGAUGACAUGAUAAGACUGAAAUGUCUUGCAGCAGAGAUUGAAGGUAAGAAGCGUGUGGAGGUGAUGGAUGCAUUGAUACAACGAUUGGAGAUGUCAGAGAGAGUUUGUGAGGGAAUGGUAUUCUGCAAAGAAUCCUUCAUUUCAUUAGAGAUGCCUUUCGAUAGAUUUGGGUUUGAGAUUUCACUCUUGCAAUAUGAAGAGGAUGGAGAGCAGGUAUUUGUGCAAUUUGAAGGCAGAGAUGCAAAGGUGUCAAUAGGAAGAACGAACGGAAAACUAUUUUUGAGGAAGUGUACGGCAGGAGCCAGUGAGCAGAGUCUACUUGGAGAGAGCAAUAAGCCAAAAAUCAAUAUGAUUUUCAGGUCAUGGUACAAGUCAUCGAAGCUUGUGUUUGGAUUUGAUGAUAAGAUGCAUAAUGUAAAGAUCAGUGGGAUAAGAAGGAUAGUCAUAGGUAGUGGAUUUAAAGGGAUAGUUGACAAGCUUUUUCUGUGUGAGUCCGUAUCAUAUGGAAGAUGUGUGUCUAGAAUGCAAAGGGGCGCAAGCUUCUAUAUUGAUGUGUUGUCUAAGAUUGAGAAGAUGCUGCAAUACAAGAAUAGAGUGGGUGUGUAUAUGGAUAACACACGGCCAUAUUUCAUAAACAGAAGCAUUGAUGUUGAAAUAAGCAAUGUGAUUGAUAACAAGAAUGUGUACUGGCGAUAUAACAAAUCAGUUAAGAAACUACUGAAUGUUGAUGACGACGAGUCCAAUAAAAUCCUUAAUAAGAAGCAAGCUUCUAUUGGAAUUUUGUCUCUCAUUCACAAGCUUCAUUGUGAUUUACCAGUCAAUAAUGCAUAA